AUGGCACAGACCGAGGACUCCCAACCCAAUACUACCGACGAGAAGAGUCGAUAUGAACACCAUGAAAACGACGAUCAAGGCCACAGCAGCCGACGAGAAUCUCUUAGAAAGAGCCUUGACAAAUCUAAUCUGGUCAUGGGCCUCGACCUCGGCACCGAGAUUCAGGUGUCGUACGAAGAAAUGAAUCACAAUUCCAUCGACGACAUUGCCAGCAGUUGGUUUGUCUGGCUGGUGGCGGCGACGGCGUCCAUUGCUGGGUCGCUCUUUGGUUAUGACACGGGGAUUAUCUCGGCCGUGCUGGUCUAUCUCCAUGAUGAUCUGAAUGGGAGACAGACUACUUCAAGUGAGAAAGAGCUGAUCACUUCGCUGUGCUCCGGGGGUGCCUUUAUUGGCGCCAUCAUCGCCGGCUUGACAGCCGAUAAGUACGGUCGCAAGGUUGCCAUUUAUGUCGGCUGUGUCCUAUUCGUGAUCGGUGCUGUUUUGCAAGCCGCUGCCUACACGAUCGCUCAGAUGUCCGUCGGGCGUCUGGUCGUGGGCCUUGGCGUGGGCUCUGCUGCGAUGGUGGUCCCCAUGUACGUCGCAGAAAUCGCACCGACCAAAGUCCGUGGACGACUGAUCGGCCUAAACAAUAUGUCCAUUACCGGCGGACAAGUCAUUUCUUAUGGGAUCGGUGCCGCCUUCGCUCAUGUCCCUCAUGGCUGGAGAUACAUGGUCGGUCUUGGUGGGCUUCCAGCGGUCAUUCUAGCAUGCCUGCUCCCCUUCUGCCCUGAAUCGCCACGCCAAUUGAUCUACCAUGGCAAACUCCAGGAGGCCGAGAAAGUCCUGACCAAAAUCUAUCAAGGCGCCACUGAAGAGCAAGUCCGAGCCAAAUGCACAUUGAUCGUUGCUGCUUGCAACGAAUCCAAGGAACUCCACGAGGAUCGGUCGCGCUGGGCCAAGAUCAAACAACUCCAUACGAAUCCGGCUUACUUCCGUGCGCUUGUCUGCGCCUGCGGACUGAUGGUUAUAUCUCAGAUGAGCGGCUUUAACACCCUCAUGUACUAUUCGGCCACUCUAUUCGCGCUGGUGGGCUUCGAUGAUCCCGUGGCCGUCGGGCUCGUGGUCGCAGGCACCAACUUCGUCAUGACGUGGGUGAACAUGAUGAUUGUGGAUCCUGUGGGCCGUCGCCGAGUCCUGAUCUCGACAGUUUGGGGUAUGUCGGCUGGUUUGAUGGCGGUGGCGGUGGCCUUCAGCUUCAUCCCAGUGGACCUUGACACUCUAGAUCUGGAGACUAAACGGGUGACCACUCCAGCCAUCGUGGUCCUUGUCUUCAUCAUUUGGUUUGUCUGCUUCUACGGGGUUUCGGUCGGUAACACCGCGUGGAUGAGUACCGACUUCUUCCCCAUGGAAGUUCGCGCCAUGGGUACCAUGUGGUUGACAUGUUCAUGUUGGGGCUCCAACAUCAUCGUGAGUUCUACAUUUUUGUCCAUGAUGAAGGCCAUGACACCCAGCGGCGCCUUCGGGUUUUAUACCGCCAUCUGCGGCAUUGGUUGGGUUUUGAUCAUUUUCUUUUAUCCCGAAGUUUCCGGACUGACGCUCGAGGAGAUUGGAGAAGUCUUUAAGCACGGCUUCGGGGUGAAAUAUGCCCGACAACUGCGGAAAGACAAGAAGGAAGAAAUCAAGGAGAGAUUGAAGAAUCAGGAACGACCCAUCGCAGUUGGGCACUAA